AUGGCUGGAUACUUGGAACCCACACUUCCGCCAACCGCCUCUGUUGAAUACGGCAAACGCCUUGAAUGGGAAAUUGCUGAGAUCAAGGAAGCAGGGGUUGAGACCUGGACAAAUGUUGAAAACAUCUCCCAAGCCAUUGAUGUUGUCAAGGAUGGGCUUAAGUCCAUUCAACUCCAUAGACCAUGUACACCUGAAGGACCCCAACCCAAGGCUGUGGAAGAAACGCCACACCCCCUACCCAAAGCCAAGCCUAUUGGAUUGGUUAGUGGGGUCCCCUUCUGGACAGAACCAUCCAGGGCUCCCCCCGGCCUCACCCAGCCAACCCCAAGAAGAGCCACUCCCCUGCAAGUCCCAUCUCCCCCUCCAUCUCCGCAUCUCCAAUCCCCAAUUGGGACAGCUGCCCCUCUACCUCUGGCUCCAAUCGCUGCCUAUCCCGCUCUGGUCAAGGUUGACCAUCCCAAUGCCUACACAGGCAAAAUAGGGAGCAAGGCAAAAAAGUGGCUAACUAGGAUGCUGGCCUGGACCCACCUCAACUUGCAGAUGUUUCCUACCAAUCAGGAGGUGUUAUCCUUCCUCCUGAUGAACAUGAAGGAUUCCGCUGGGGCCUGGGCCCAUCCACACCUUGACCAGCUUGGAUCACACCGGGCCAUCAUCCAAACGGUCAAGGGAUUUAAACUGGAGUUCUUGGCAGCAUUUGGCAACCCUGACGCCACAAGGGCUGCCAAGCGGAAGAUCACAACACUUACCCAGUCCGGCACAUGCGCAGACUACAUCACAAAGUUCAGAACCUUAGCAAUGGAACUGGACUGGAACAACGCAGCCCUCCAGGGCCAGUUUGCCCACGGCCUCCACUGGGAGGUCAGCCGCCAAAUAGCAACCUGCAAACACCAACCCCGCACCCUUCUUGAGCUGCAAAACGCAGCACUUGUCACCAACAAUGCUCUCCGCAAAGAACGUGCUAGCCACCCACCAAGGGACAAUAAGUCUAGCAAACCAUCCAACCCCGCAAGGGGGACAAGUACCGGCCAAGUUACUUCCGGUUCAAAGAAGCUCUCUGACGACCCCAACUUUGUGUUGGAGGAAGAACAGAAUUGCCGCCACGCCGCAGGCGCCUGUAUCAAGUGCGGGAAAAUGGGUCACAAGUUUGCAGAGUGCCGCAUGGGCUGGAAGGCCACCCCAAUUGAGGAAAAGGGGAAGGCCAAAGAAACUGCCAAGAUUGGCAAAGAGUCUGGACCCAAAUCAGGAAAAGACUAA